AUGGUCCGUCUUCGAGAAAUACCCAGGACGGCCACCUUCGCCUGGUCGCCUGGGUCAACGCAGCCAUUGAUUGCUACGGGCACAAAGGCGGGGGCUGUUGACGCAGACUUUUCAAAUGAUACCACGUUGGAACUCUGGGAGCUCAACUUAGACAGCGCGGAGCAAGGUAUCGAGCUGCAUCCCGUUGCUACUGUCAAUGUAGACUCGAGAUUCAAUGGCAUUGCUUGGAGUCAGCCCAGCGAGUCGUACCCUCGAGGAAUAAUAGCGGGCGCAUUGGAUAGUGGGGCAUUAGUACUAUGGGAUGCGGAGAAGCUGCAGAAGGGAGAAAGCGAUGCGCUCAUAGAGCAGAUCGACAAGCACACUGGUCCCAUUCAGGCUAUCCAGUUCAACCCCUUCCGACCGAACAUCCUCGCCUCCGCUGGCGCGAAAGGCGAGCUCUAUAUCCACGAUAUCGAUGAUCAAUCGAAGACAUUCCGCUUGGGCAAGGCGGGCGCGAACCCAGACGAGUAUACUUCAUUGGAUUGGAAUAAGAAGGUUGCACACAUUCUUGCAACUGGCAGCAGCGGAGGCUUUGUUACCGUUUGGGAUGUGAAGGGAAAGAAGGAGAACCUCACAUUGAACAACUUUGGCAGGAAAACAGUGAGCUCAGUAUCAUGGGACCCGGAUGUUCCUACGAGGCUAGUGACAGCCAUUCCUGCGGACCAAAACCCGUUGGUCCUGGUGUGGGAUCUCCGUAACUCGAACGCCCCAGAGAAGACCCUCCAAGCCCAUGACCAGGGCGUGCUUUCACUAUCGUGGUGUGUGCAGGAUAGCGACAUCCUUCUGUCAGCGGGCAAGGACAACCGGACGAUCGCCUGGAACCCGCACACGGGCGAGUACCUCGGUGAAUUUCCGGUCGUGACAAAUUGGACCUUCCAGACGGCCUUCAACCCAUCCAAUCCAAACUUGCUUGCCACUGCAUCAUUCGAUGGCAAGAUCGCCGUUCAGUCUCUCCAAAACACCGGAGCUGGAGCUGAGCAAACCAAAUCCACCGCACAGGCUCUGGACGGCGAGGACUUCUUCUCGAAGACACAUGUUGAACCACAAGGCGCUUCUUUCUCCUUGAAGACGCCUCCUAAGUGGCUCAGACGGCGCGCAGGUGUCUCAUUCGGGUUUGGGGGUAAACUGCUCAGAUUUGGCAUUGCAGACGGCAAGUCAAAGGUCAGCAUAUCCGCCUUCGAAGUGGACUCGGAUAUCGGCACAGCAAGCGAAGAGUUCGCCAAGACUCUGGAGCAGGGCGACCUUGCCGCGAUUUGCGAAUCGAAGAUUGCGAAAGCGAGUACCGAUGAGGAAAAGGCCGACUGGAAGGUCAUUGAGACCCUCAUCUCCGACAGCCCCCGGAACCACCUCAUAGAAUAUCUGGGCUUCUCGGGCGCAGAAGAUGACGAAGUGGUCGAGGAAAAGAAGGAGCCAGGAAAAACUGAUGGCGCAGAAGAGGAGGGAGCUUCUUUCUUCGAUCAGUCGAACGAAGGAGGCAACUUUUUAUCCGAUCUAGCGUCUUCAAAAGGCGCAAAGACAAACAACCCGUUCUCGAUCUACUCCGGCUCCGAGUCAAAUGCCGACAAGAAAAUCACUCAGGCACUUAUGCAGGGUUCUUUCGAAACAGCAGUGGAUAUUGCUUUAAAAGAAAACAGGCUCUCAGAUGCCUUCAUGAUCGCCAUCUGCGGUGGCGAUAAGUGCAUUGCGAAGGCACGAGCAGCCUACUUCAAGAAGCAAAUUGACGGCCCGAACUACACUCGCCUUUUGGCUUCGAUCGUUGGAAACAACCUCUGGGACGUUGUUUACAACGCUGAUCUGAAGGACUGGAAGGAAGUCAUGGUCACGCUCUGCACAUACGCUGACAAGAAUGAGUUCCCUGACCUCUGCGAGGCUCUGGGUGACCGCUUAGAGGAAGCGAUUGCUGGAGAGACAGAGUCCUACCGGAAAGACGCCUCCUUCUGCUACUUGGCAGGCGCUAAACUCGAAAAGGUUGUCGUCAAUUGGGCACAAGAACUGCAGGAGAACGAGGCCGCAAGUGUAGAGAACUCUACCGGCGACAACAGUUUCUCUAUCCACGCAAAAUCUCUGCAGGACUUCAUUGAGAAGGUUACUGUUUUCCGGCAAGUUACCAAGUUCCAGGAUACGGAGCAGCAGAAGGAAGAGGGCUGGAAGCUCGGUCCGCUCUACGCGAAGUAUGUUGAGUACGCUGACAUUGCCUCUGCACAUGGCAAGCUGUCCAUCGCCGAGAGAUACCUGGACCUCCUGCCCGAAAAGUACCCCGCUGCAGACGUUGCAAGGGACAGGAUCAUGAAGGCCACGAGGAAAGCGACACCGCAAAUAGCUCAACGACAGAGCCAAGCUACUCCCGUCCAGCGUGGCUCGCGUGUCGUACCUACCUAUCAAGCGCAAACGCCUGCGCCAGCGGUCCCCGUUGCCGCCCCAUUGCAGCAGCCGGGCUCUCAGUAUGCCCCUGUCAACCCUCUGUCAGCUCAGGCGCAGGUUGCUGUACCGUCACCGUAUACUCAAGUGGCGCCUAGCCGAAAUGCCUACACUCCUGCAGGCUACCAACCAAGCGCUCCGUCUAUCCCUCAACCUGGUGGUUUCAGCGGUUACCAACAACCUCAAGCGAAUCCUCUUGCCCCGCCUCCGCGUAAUUUCUCCAGCUCGCCAUCAAUUGGACCUGCGGCUACUCAAAAGAACAUCCCAAACUGGAAUGACAUGCCAGAAAACUUCAUCGCUCCGCCAAAGCCAGCAUCACGUCGCGCCACUCCUCUCAACGCUGUUAAUUCUCCCUUCCAAGCCCAGCAAGGUCCCCAUCAAACAUUUGGAGGUCCUUCGCCGACGUACCCUCCCCAGUCGCGACCAACUCCUCCACCGCCACCGAAGGGGCCUCCGCAAGGACCUCCUCGUAUCUCGUCGCCACAAACAUCCGCAGCUACUGCUCACAGUCCAUACGCUCCAGGGCCGCCAUCCAACGCGUACACCCCGCCAUCGUCAAGCUUUGCUUCCCCACAGCAACCUCCUGUGCCCCGUGGUACUUCGCCUUACAACCCUCCACCGUCUGCCGCUCCGCCCUCUAACCGUUAUGCCCCAGCGCCCGGAUCGACGCCUUCAGGACCACCAGCGGGUAUGCCACCGCCACGGCAAGUCGCACCGCCGCCGACCCAGUUCGGAGGUCCCUCGCCUUAUUCCCCAGCACCAUCUCCGUACGCACCAGCACCAGCUGCGCAAGCACCACCUCAGGCGGCGGCGCCACCCCAACGAGGUCCGCCACAAGGUCCGCCGCGAGCUGGCCUUCCGCCGGGAGGUCCGCCUCAAGCCGGUCCUCCCAGGCCAGAUUCACGUCCAGGCACCGCUUCCUCGCAGCGAGCAGCCACUGCUGCGCCAAAGCACCCUGCUGGCGACCGGUCACAUAUUCCUGAUGCAUCCCGUCCCAUCUACGAGAUCCUCAACGCAGACAUGCAACGCGUGAAAGCUAAGGCCCCAGCCAAUUUCAAGGCCCACGUUGCAGACACCGAAAAGCGAUUGAACAUCCUCUUCGAUCACUUGAACAAUGAGGAUCUGCUUAAGCCAGACACGGUUCAAGAGAUGAAGGAGCUUGCGGAACACAUACAGGCCAGGCAGUAUGACCAAGCGAUUGCGCUGUUUACGGAUUUGAUGACGAACAAGACGGAGGAGGGUAGCAAUUGGAUGGUUGGUGUGAAACGCUUGAUUCAGUUCAGCAAGAGCACACCACAUUAG